CUUUUUCUUCAAUAUUCAUAGCUUCAGUUUUAGAUUUUUUUUAUUUUUUUUUUUUUGCUGGAUGGAUGGAAUCACAGCUGCAUUGCAUACUUCGCGUCAGUGGUCUUUUGUUUUUCUUGUGUAUCACCCCAAAUUAUUUUAUUCAUAACGCUCUCUUUUUGUGGACCGUGGCUUUGUUAAAGAUGUGGGCACUACCAAACGUCACUUGUGUCGCUGUUUCAAUUUGGGUUGUCUAUGAUCUUUCUUUUUUAGUCUUUCCCCAGGCGCACUAGUGUUGUGAUCUAGAUGUAAAUGCAGCUGCUGGGUCUCUCUAUUUUUCGUCUGUUUUCAUUUCAUGGGGAAGAAGGGAGGAACCUCCUGGUUGACUGCCGUCAAAAGGGCUUUUAGAUCUCCUUCCAAAGACGACGACGAGAAGAAAAGAGAGAAGCGGAGAUGGAUUUUCAGGCGAUCCGAGACGGCGUCGAAGGCGAGCACGGAGCAUGCAUCUAAUUCGGAGGCGGCGCUUGCUGUUGCGGUGGCAACUGCAGAAGCUGCAAUGGCCACGGCGCAAGCGGCUGUGGAGGUCGCUCGCCUCACCACCAGGCCCAAUUCCAACCAUGCCAGAGGAGACCACUACGCUGCAAUUGUGAUUCAGACUGCGUUUAGAGGAUACCUGGCAAGGAGGGCUCUGCGCGCGCUGAAGGGGCUGGUGAAGUUGCAGGCUCUGGUGAGGGGUCACAACGUGAGAAAGCAGGCGAAGAUGACCCUCCGAUGCAUGCAGGCUCUGGUUCGAGUCCAAGCCCGUGUUCUUGAUCAACGGAUGAGACUCUCCCACGACGGCAGCAGAAAAUCCACCUUCGCCUUCAGCGACACCAAUACCGUCAUUGGAGUUGGUUCGCGCUACCUUCAUAACUUCUCUGACAGAAAAUCUACUUCUCAGUCGAGGGAGGGAAGUAGCAGCAUUGCGGACGACUGGGAUGAAUGUCCCCACACUAUUGAAGAAGUGAAAGCUAUGCUCCAACAUAGAAAAGAGAUUGCGAUGAAGCGUGAUAGGAAUCUCUCCCACGCCUUCUCCCAACAGAUAUGGCGUAGAGGUCGAAGUCCGUCCAUGGGCAGCGGAGACGAGCUGGAAGAAAGACCCAAGUGGCUGGAUCAAUGGAAUUCCAGGAAGCCAUGGGAAAACAGGGGAAGAGCUUCAACGGAUCAGAGAGAUCCCAUCAAAACGGUUGAAAUUGACACUUUCCAGCCCUACUCUCACGCAUCAAUCAACUUCCGGAGAACGGCGACUCAGAAUCAACAAAGAUCAAAUCCGCAUUCCGGCAGCUCCCCACUCCACAGAACGCAACAGAGCAUGCCCUGUUUCCACCCCUCCCCGGCCACGCCCUCCCCGUCCAAAACCAGGCCUCUCCAAGUCCGCUCUGCAAGUCCACGUUUCGUGAGAGACGACAAGAGCGAGAAUACAUCGCAAACACCAAGUUUAAGGUCAAACUACUACUACAGUGGCAAUCUGCUUCAACAGAGUAAGAUUGGAGGGAGUAGCAGUCAUAAUCAAGGCAAUUGUUUGCCCAAUUACAUGGCCGCCACGGAGUCUGCAAAAGCCCGAGUACGGUCGCAGAGCGCCCCGAGGCAGAGGCCGUCGACUCCGGAGAGGGAGAGGGCAGUUGGGUCAGCAAAGAAGCGGCUGUCAUUCCCAGUUCCGGACCCAACUGGGUAUGGAGGAGCUUACGAGCGUAAUUUGAGGAGUCCAAGCUUCAAGAGCGUGAGCGGGACAUACUUGGGGGUGGAGCAGCAAUCCAACUAUUCAUCCUGCUGCACAGACAGUCUCGGCGGAGAGAUUUCCCCAUCUUCAACCAGUGACCUAAGAAGGUGGCUAAGGUGAUUGAUUUAUUUGUUAAUGCCCUCUAAAAUUACAUGUUUGGCUAACCCCUAAGCAGAGAGAGUUAGUAGGAAUUAGGAUCGGAUGUGAGUUAGAACUAAAGAGAGUUGUGUGACAAUUUAAGAUCCAUAUUGUGAUAUAUAAAGCAUAAGUGGGUUUGUUUGGGCUGAAACAGGCCAAAUUGACUAGACUAGAAAGAAGAGAGUGAGAUUGGGAUGGGGAAUGGUUGAAUUUAGAAAUGGUUUAGCAUUUUCAAGGGCAGCUAAAACUGGAAAUGAUUCUUGUACUGGUCUGACACAAACGUGGUAUGUUUGGUUUAGUUUUUGUGGGUCUGGUUUGGUGUAUUUUGUAACGUAUUGUAUUGUUACAAUAAUCUUUCAACUAAUUAAUGUAAGAUGAUAAUGGUGAUUCUUGCA